GCCACCAGUCGAGGCUGGGCUACAGUUAUAAUUCUUGCUAACCUCAUGGCACAUGUGGAGGGUUUUCGGAGGAUAGGACCAACGAAACUCCCUCCUGGAAGGUGGAGUGAGUGGAGUCUGUGGUCCGACUGUUCCAAGACGUGCGCGCUUGGCCUGAGAGUGAGGGCAAGAAAAUGUUACAUUCGUAACAUUAACGGCAGCGAGGUUGCUCCCCGUACGGAAUGUCCAACAGGCAAAGACCAGGAAAGAAUAUUUUGCGACACUGGAGUACCCUGUCCUAUUCCCGGUGGGUGGUCCGGGUGGAGCUCCUGGACGUGCUCGAGAAGUUGCGGAAAAGGAAUCGGCAAACGUACACGACUCUGUAACAACCCUGCACCGCUCUUCGGAGGAGCUCCCUGCGAGGGUCCAGAAUGGGACAUGGGUACCUGUAACACGCGACGUUGCCCGUCACAACUACGGAAAGACGCAAUAGAAACGGCCAUGAAGAACCUUAAACAGAAGCAAGGAGAUAUCAGGAAAGAAGCGGGCGAAUCUGUAAAGCUCACCUGUUCCGGGGACGCCGUGGGCAACGUCUAUAGCCAGUUUCCGGAUUCCACAUUACGGUGGACGCUCAAUGGCAGAUCAAUAAGGCUGGACAGAGAAAGACAGUUCUUCGUCGGCGAGGACCUCACACUCAUGAACCUGAGCACUGUCGAUUCUGGAGUGUAUAUUUGUUGGAUGGACUAUCAAGAAGGGAGCUCUGUAGCUGUAUCUAUGGCAUCCCUCACAGUUCGAAGCAAGGAACCCUCGUUGUCGCUCAAUUCGCCCGCAUGCCUCCUUUUAUUCUGCAACGUGGAGACACUUCAGAAGGUACUCACCAAUGUUUCGCUCGAGUGGAGGCACAAUGGCACACUCAGCAAGAGUAUAAAGAAGCCCGGAAGGACUGUUUCUCUGUAUGUUCCUGAAACCAAGGAAUCCGACAGCGGUGAAUGGGAGUGUCGAAUCAUAGACAAUAACGACAAGUCAUCCUGGACUGCGGCUUGGUUUCAAGUCAAAGUGCGGCCGAGGCAAGACUUCGUAGAAGCAGUGUCCCAAGAUCACGCUGCAUUAGGCGUCUUUGGAGUAAUCCUUGGUUCUGCUGUACUAUAUUUUGCUUGUGGGUGGAUACGCCUUUCAAAAAAAAUAACGGCGGAAGCACGACGGGAGAUCAAGAUAUUCCAGCGAGUCAGCAGCAUGAAAACUGCUCUCUCCAGCAUGGACGAAAUUUAGGCACAAUUAUUCGCACGUUCUGUGUCUGGACAAGUGCCACUCUGUGUCUGAAAUAAUUUACACGUGCUCUACAUUUGGGAGUAUAUACACUAAUGCUACUGUUGAUACACAUUGGCUGUGAAUCGUUUUGAUAUGUGCUACAAUAUGCAAGAGAUUAAAGCAAAGCUGUGAGAUACGUUGCUACCAGGCAGCACAACUCACUGCACGUACCAA